UAAAAGUGUGCUGUGAAAGCAGCACCAACUUAACGUCUGCAAGAAAAAAGCAGACAGACAUUUGGCUUAUAAUAGGAGGAGGUUCAGUAUAGUAGGAGGACAAGAAGGAGGAAUAACUCUACCUGAGAGAAUGAGCAAGGGAGACGAGUCGAGGCCGAGCUUCACAUCCCCGACCACCUCAGAGCUGCUGGGCCUUCUUCUGAAGAACCGACGGCCAACUGGCCCCUUCAACGAAGUUUGGCCAAGCAUAUACAUCGGGGACGCACAUACGGCUCAAGACAAACCAUUGCUGCUGGACCUGGGGAUCACGCACAUUCUGAACGCAGCUGAUGGGCCAUCCCACAUCGACACGGGAGCCGCGUUUUACUCCGACACGGACAUCCAGUACCAUGGGGUGGAGGCUCCCGACAGUAAAGACUUUGACCUCAGCCCAUACUUCCACCCCACUGCAGACUUCAUACACCAGGGCCUCUCACAAGGCGGUAAGGUGUUUGUGCACUGCGCUAGAGGCAUCAGUCGCUCUGCUGCUCUGGUGCUGGCCUACCUGAUGCUCUACGAGAGGCUGCCAUUGGCUGAGGCGGUGGUGGCAGUACGCAAGCACAGGAACAUCCUGCCCAAUGCUGGCUUCCUCAGUCAGCUGUGUAGUCUGGACCAGACUCUUGCGGCAGAGAGGAGCACACAGAGCCAAGGGCAAGCAGAUAAUCAUUGUGGCAUUUGCACUUCUAUGGAGCGCAUAAGAGGAACUUUAAAAGCUCAGCAACUGUAG